GCAAAAUUUUGCAGAAAAUACAACCGCGCGAAGCCUGAACGUGAACGGCCAACACAAAUCACACCCCGCUCCAGUGCGCAUCCCCCGCGACGCUAAAAUCUAGUGUUUUGUUUUGUUUGGUUGGUCAAGCAAGGAGUUUCCGAGCUGUUGUGAAACGUCGUCUUGUCUAGGACUGGGAAAGUUGCGAUGUGUGGGAUUAUCUAUAGUUUAGUCUCUGUGGAAAUGUAAUUAUAUUUUUAUUCUGUGCUGCGGGCGCCCGCCGUUUCCGAUUAAAUUUUAUGUUAUUUAUUUUUAAUUUUUAUCAAUCUAAAUUAACAUAAGCUAAUGAAGAAUUAAAGUCUAUUGAGUUGAGACGAAUUCCUACAUUGGUUUUAAUUAAAUAUUAAUUAGAAAUGUGAAAGGUUAAAUAGCAUCGAUUUGACUGUUUAGAUCUUUAGAUUAGUUUAGAUAGGUUAGUUUAGACUGGUCAGGGUUGCAGUCUUCGUGAGUCGGGAUCUCUCUUAACUGCAAGGUUGUAAAUUAAUAAUUACAAAUAAAUAAAACCGCAAAGAUGAGUGAUGAAAAAGUGAAGAUGCGAAAGCAGCUCGGGCUGCUUGAAGGUGUAGCUAUUAUUUUAGGGAUAAUAUUCGGUAGUGGUAUAUUUAUAUCCCCCAAGGAAGUUUUGGAUAAAACGGGGUCAGUAUGGGGCGCACUGUCUGUUUGGGCCGCUUGCGGAUGCUUAGCAACCCUUGGGGCUAUGUCCUACGCAGAAUUGGGUACCACACUAGCACAGAGUGGCGGUGACUACCAUUACAUUAACGAGGCCUACGGACCAUUACCUGCAUUCCUGUACUUGUGGGACGCCAAUUUAGUAUUUGUGCCGAGUACAAACGCUAUUAUGUCGCUGACCUUCGCCAACAAUAUUCUGGAGCCCAUAUUCCCGGACUGCCCCAUAGACCCCUUGUGUAGAAAACUUAUUGCAGCUGUUACUAUAUGUUUCCUCACGUUCAUAAACGCGUACGACGUCAGAUUUACGACCAGGAUCCAGAAUGUGUUCAUGUUCACCAAGAUAACGGCGCUGGUCAUCAUUAUUGUGGGCGGCAUCAUCUGGAUAGGCAAAGGUGGGACUGAACACUUCGAAGAUGGAUGGGCUGGCACCAAGACUUCGGUCAGCGAUUGGUCCGUCGCCUUCUACUCUGGUAUCUUCUCGUACUCCGGCUGGAAUUACUUGAACUUCAUGACAGAAGAACUGAAGGAUCCAUUCGUGAAUCUUCCGCGAGCGAUCUACGUGUCCCUUCCCAUGGUGACUGCUAUAUACUUGCUGGCUAACGUCUCAUACUUGGCCGUUCUCGGGCCGAUAGGAGUGUUGGCUACAGAGGCAAUUGCUGUGGACUUUGCAACAUCUUGCUUGGGCUUCCUACGAUGGGCGAUGCCUACUCUGGUCGCUAUCGCCAUCCUGGGCGGCCUAUCGGUACACAUCAUGACGUCAUCACGCAUGUGCUUCGCCGGCGCCCGCAAUGGACACAUGCCCGAGUUAUUGGCCCACAUCAAUGUCAAAUGCAUGUCGCCGAUGCCUUCCCUUGUAUUUUUGAUGCUGAUCUCAAUCAUAAUGUUAAUUCCGGACAACUUGACGUCUCUGAUCACUUACUGCACGGUGGUGGAGUCCUUCUUCACCACGCUCAGCUGCAGCGCAGUGCUGUGGCUCCGGUACAAGAAACCUGACCUGCCAAGACCUAUCAGGGUGCAACUGUGGAUGCCGAUAGUAUUCGUGAGUAUAAGCUCGGUGCUACUGGUGGUACCGGUGGUGAGCGAGCCGGUGGCCGUCAUCUCUGGCGCGCUGAUGACGCUCGCCGGAGUCCCCGUCUACUUCGGCUUCGUGCGCUCCAAGCCAAAAUUCGUGGAGACUAUUUCUACUAAAUUCACUCACUGCUGCCAAAAGCUGUUCCUGUCUGCCGUUGAAGAGAAGGAAGAGUAGAUACAUACCUAAGAUAAGUACUAUACUUAACAUUUGUACCCAAUAGUAUAGUAAUUACAAUUUUUAUCGUCAUGUCAAUACAAAGUCAUAUUCGUAGCAAUAAUUUAGUCACUUUACGGUAUAUGAUUGAUUAAAAGCAACUGUAUUGUUCAAUUAAUAUGGUAUAAUAUAGAGAAAACUUUUGAAAAGUUUUCUGGCAAUACCCUUGUAGUUUUGUAAGGCGCAUUCUCGCAUCUUAUGUUGGUACUACCACGUGGCAUUGUAAGUACUAUACAUACAAUUAAUUAAAGGAGCAUUGUACCGUAAUUCGGAGUUGAAACAUUGUUUUUAAAAUUACAACUAAGUGAAAGAUUACAGCGGUAUGACGUACAUCGUUACACCAACUUAGUAUUACAAUUACGUGCUAUUAUAGUAUUCGAUAUAUCGAAAUCGAUUAUAUAUAUAAGCGUAGCUAUAAUUCAUGAAUUCGUAGUGUAUAAAAUAUUAAAAAAUGAAUAUUUUAUAUAGUACUACCGUUAUUGUAUCGAUGUAUUGUAGAGUUUUAGAAUAUUAAUUCAUCAUUGAUAAUAAUUAUAUAUUAUCGUAACUAUCAUGAAAUUAUUCAUAUAAAAAGAACUUAUUCGUGCGUACUUGGCUAAUAUAACUUUCCGCUCACACAAGUAAUAAUAGUUACUGAAGCGUGUGUGGUGUAAACUUAGUUAGUUGAGCCGACUGUACAUAUAAGGCAAGGUUCCAUUCGCACUUUCAAAUAAAUCAAAUAUAAUGUGUAUGCUAUAAUAUGUUGAACAAGUCCAGCGAUUUUAUAAUGCGGCGAUUUCAAUGCUGGACUUUGUAUGUUAAAAACUAAUUUACACUAUUUGAACGGUUUUUAAAAACUACUCGUGCGAAUGAGUUUCCAUUCGUCUCCAGUUAAACAGUAGGUUAAGAAACAUUUGGUAAUAAAUUAUUUUGUGUCCAUUGGUCGAAAUUUUUAAUUAAAUAAUGUAUUCGCUGAAAGCUCUCCUUUUUGACUGAUAUAAUAACAAAUUGUGAUAUCUAAAAAUUUAUUAGAGUUUCUACCUAUCAAAUUAUCGAUUAAAAACAUUUCAUAUAUUCUUCUUUUCUUCGUGAAACAUGUGAAGUACUCAAAAUUAUACCUUUAGGAGACAAAAGGGAAGUGAUAAAAUUUUCUCCCAUUUAUGGAAUCGAGUCGUUUAUGGAAUGUACCGAUCAAUAUUUCAGUACAAUUAAUAUAAGCAUAAUUAUAUUACAGUAGAUAUUCGUAAAGCAAUUACUUACUUAAUAUAGGGACUUCUUUAAGUAUAAAUGUAUUGUAGUAUGUAUGAUAAAAUAUUAUAUUUCUAAAACUCGAAUAAAUUAUAAACUUCCUAAUGGUGCGAUUGUAAAUUGGCCGUACAUUGUGAUUUUUUCAAUAUUUUGAUCAAUAAAUAAUAGUUAUGUGGGCACUGUCGACGUUACAAUUAUCGAUAAAGUAUAAUUAUUAUAAACUUAUAUAGAAUAUACAAGAAUGUGACUACUCGAAUUACGGUACAGAAACCUUAAUUAAGUAUAUCGCGCUAUAAUAUAAUAUUUAGCUUUAUACAAAGCAUACUUAACUAUAAAGUCUUCGUAGCAAUAAGUAUGAUGUAGUCAUUUUAUAUAAAUUAGAGGCUUAUAUUCAACGGUACGUCGUUUUGCGUAUAUUGAACUGAAUGUAAUAAGAAAGUUCUGAAUUGAAUCUAUAUUUUCUAAUGUAAUAUUUUUCGGGUGCCAUUAUAUAUGGCUACUUAGAAUUAAGUGAUAGUAUUACAUGUUCUAUCUUUCUAUAAGGAAAUAAAUUACUGCUUUAUUCAUUAUUCUUGAUCAGUAGGGGCGUAGCGGGGUGUUAGUAAGUAUUACAGUCGCAAAAGCGUAUUAAGUAAGAACUAGAUAAUAAUAUAUUAUUAAAAAUAUACGGAUAACAUUUUAUACUAGUCUGCUUGCCCCUGAACCAUACAUAUAAUAACGCAAUUCCGUACUUUAUAUAUACCUACUUGUAGCAUUGUAAAGUAGUAGUCACACGAAGCUUGGAGAGUGACAGUUAUUUUAUUCAGUAGUGUCUAAUUUAAUGGUGGAAAGUCGGUGUACAUUGUACAGUGGCAUAACGUGCCGUAAUGCACACCUCUGCCUAAUUAAAGGCGUGACUAUACGAUACGAUGUCUAAGUGUUUACUGAAAUUUUCAAUAUUACCUGCUUCCAAUAUUCCACUACGCCCAUUUCAUACUAGGCUACUUUCUCAUAAUCUUUCCUACCUAUUCAUGUCUAGUUUCAAGUAAAGAUUACUCUCUAAAAUAUUCUACCUCAAAUUGUCAAAUCUUUCAAUAUUUUCAUACUAUGCAUAUAAAGGUGGAUUUAAUCCAACUGUCUACUGUAAGGCAUAGAGAGUGCAAUAAGUGAAUCUGGUAAAUAUGUAGUAGGUACUUACACUUUGGUAUCUUGUAAGACUGAAACAGAUUGACUCUUCGAAUACUUAACUACAGUAUUACGUUCUUUCGUUUUGAUGAUCUAACAUCACGCUUUAUUUCUUUAAUUAUUUAUAAUAAUGUAACAUCUAAAGCCGCAAUCUUUUUUAGAACUUUAAUAGGGAUGAUGACGGGGUAUGAAAAUAAAAAAUCUUACUUAGUGCGUCAGUUAGGUAAUGAAAAAAUAUUAGACACGUAUUUAUUCAUUUUGUCUAUCAGAUAACAAUUACUUAGAUAAACGAAUCAUUGUUCAGGAGUGAGAGCAAAUACGUCAUUUCUACGUGUAAAACGUAUCUAGAAGUAUUAUAAUAAUCUUCGAAAGUAUUUGUUUCCAUAACAAAAUAAAAAUACAUGUCUAAUGUUUUAAAAUAAUCUACGACACAGACAUUAAAAUAAAAAAUAGUCAUCUAUCUUAUUCAGUGCAAAGUUUUUAUAAAUAUUAUCAAAGAACUGAAAUUAUAAAUAAAUUAACUGAUUUUGAUUAAAUUGGCUGCUCAAUGAAGCUUAAUCGGAUACAUUGUUAAUGGCAAAUUGUCCAUAGUAAAUUGUAGCUUGCACUUUCAUUCAAAUUGCAAUCAAAAUUGAUCAGACUGAAGCUUUGUGUGUAAUUAAAAUUGUGCCUUACAAUGUAGCGAAGGCUGGCGCGAGCUGACGUUCCUUACACUGCUCUCAAAAACAAAUUGUAACAAUUUUAUAAUCUGUUUAAAACUGUAUCUAUAACACUCUCUUUGUAUUCUUAUUAUUUAUCGUGUAUUCAAAAUUUGAUAUAUUAUAUCGUAUGUAAAAUACGGUCUGUAUUCUAUUGUAAGGGUUUUAAAAACAAUCUAUAAAGGAAUAUUUUCGGAGCUUAUGUCGAUACUUAUAUUUGUAAACAUUUUGUACGAGAUUCUUGUACAUAUUUGUGUAUAAAAUUGUAUGUACCCUUUGCUCUUUUUAAAAGUAACCUAAAUAGGAACGUAAGAAUUUAUCUGAGAUACUUAAACUGACUGUCUUUAAUAUAAUUGAUGUGUAUUGGUGAAUAACUCUAGCAUUGUAUCGCUUUACAGUCUAAUUAGCCAGUAACUGGUCAAUUACGCGUAGGUUUAUGUAUAGUUUAACAAAUACUGCCAGGCGGCGCGGAGUAGUAACCUGUAUCGUAGAGUAGAUGGCAACAGUAUGUAUUGUAGUUGCCGUACGUUUCUUCGUAGAGUAGUGAGCCCCUUGUACUCGAAGCUGUCGGCUGUGGGGGCGCCGCGAGCUGACUACCGGCCGGCGCUCACCCAGCCCCUUCCUUCCUAUAAUUCUUUUGUACAAAUGAAGAUCCUUUUUCUAUGAAAAUGGCUAAUCACCAGUGUGCCUGUUACAAGAAAUCAGUAGUGUACAUUACAUUAUUACCCUGCUCUGGCGCGGGGACAUAAACAUCACAGUUUAUUAAUUGUCGUCGAUGUUUGCCGCGAAUGUUUGCUUUAAUUUUUGUAAUAUUAUAACUUGUAGUCAUUGUGUAUUCAGAAAAUGCAGUGUGAAUUUAGAAUGUAGAUUAUAAAUAUUGACUGAUGAUCGAAUACAUACGUGGACAUGAGGUGCAUUUUAUAGUUACAGACAUAAUAAUAACUUAGCUUACCUUUAUAUUUGCGAAUAUAGUAGAUGUAGGUUCAUGUAUCAACUUUGUGUAGUAUUUCAAUGAAAAUAAAUAAUGUUGCGUUUCGGCUGGACCAUCGUCACUGUAUAGACGAUAUCAAAAAGUAAGUUAAUGUAACAGUGUAUGAAAUAUCGAAUAAAUAACAUUUUACUAUGUAUUGCAACUACUUAAGUAUUAUAAAGUGUUUUUUUUUUUGUUAAUAAUUAUCGUUUUGGUUGUGCAGUAAGUGUAAUGUUAUGUAACAAAAUUUUGUUGUUUAUUUUUGUUUUAAUAAUAUUGUAUUGAAUCUCCGUUUGUAUUAUUUUAGACUGUGCAGAGUGUGCGGUGUUAUGUUCAUGUAUUUGUGCCAAAUAACUUUAUUUGUUUUGGUUUGUAAGCUUUUUAAAAGGUUUAAUAAAAAGUUGCUAUAA